CGUACGGAUAAAUUUCAAUAAAUCUAUGGACCUCCGUGCCCUGUCCUGCCAUCCCAAUCAAUCUGCACAUGUGGCAACCUGCCGACUCAACUGCACGUCCCUCCAGUCACUCAAGAUGGAUGUAAGAAAAACACCCACAGGCAACCCAUGAAUGCAUGUAUGUAUGUCGCUAAGCCUUGUUGUGCCUCUCCUCUUCCACCAGCCGUGCAGGCUUGUUCAUGUGCCUCCCCCGCCCCCUACUGCUGCCGUCGGGCGGGCCUUCCUCCCGUGUCGUAUCGUAGGCCCUCCCUCUCCCAUGCCCUCCGCCUUGGCCCCUGCCUCGGGGCCCUCCUCCAUCAGUGGCCCUAAACUGCUCAAGUGCUCUUCGGCCGCUAGCAUUCCCCCAACUGCCACUGCCGUCAGAUCCCGAGCUUUCUCCGUCGUCCCAUCCCCCACGACGCCCACCAAUGCCACCGAAUGGCCCCACUGGCCCCCUGGAAUGGUGGGUGGGGGGGACGCGGACGCUGUCGGGAAGGGCGUAGCUGUGGCCAUGGGUGCCAUGAGGCGACAGAGAGGGGAUUUGCGGAUCCACAUGGGGUGAGGGACGGCUGUGAUGGCGAGGAGGGACUGCUGUGGCCCUCAUGUCGGCCUUUUCCUCUUCCUCAUGAACGCCGUGCUGCUGCUGGGGGUCUUGCUGUGGCUUUGGCAGGGGAACUCGGAUCGUGCCUCCAUCGAGGCCAGUUGGCCAACUGAGGGGGCCGGGCGAGAGGGGCUCCUGAUCUCCGUGCGUGUGUGGUCGUCGGUAUGCCGAUGAGGCAAUGGGUGAGUCGCUUGGGCUGUCUUGACGGCGAGACGCGAAGGCCGGCUCGCCGUCUGCAGGAUGGAUGUGCAGUCGGUCUUGGAUCAUGCGCAGCAGUCCCUCCAGGCGAUGCCGCUCGUCCCGCCAUAGGCGCUCGUCCCGCUCCGCCGCAUUCCAGCUAUCGAUCGCCGAUGUCAGGGUGUCGUCCAGAUCAUGCAGCUCAUCUAUGGUCUGUGUCUGCAGCCGCACACACCUGAGUGCAGACACACACCACAAGUACAUAAGUAGUCAAAAUCCUUUCAUCUCGCCCGCCCGCCCGCCCGCGCGCCCAUUCGUCGCACCUACCUAGCCCUGAGGUCAUGGUGCUGUCGCUGCUUUGCCGCCAACUCCUCCAACUCCUCUCUCGCCUGACGCAGCCGAGACUCCAGCUGCCGCACCGUGACCAGUCGAGCCUCACUCGCUGGGGCCGCUACAGCCGUCGACCGAACGAGGUCAUCCCUACCGCUAUCCUCCCCCUCCUCCCACUCCUCCUCCCACCGGCCGGUCACCAAGACGACUCCACCACCAUCACCACGACAAUCCAUCAGACGGCCGCCCCUGCUUUGGCCCUCAUGCUCGACGCGCCCCUGUUGCUGGGCCCGUGUGUGUGCCGAGCUGCCCUGUGCAUGUGGAGAGGGGAUCGGCUUGUUGGGGAAGACAACUGGCGCAGUCGAUGGGGGCGCCUGCUGCUGCAGCUGCUGCUGGCUGUUUGCUGCGGGUGCGUGAGGGGGUGGGGGGCCGUGACGGUGUGGCGGCGGUCGGGCACUGGUGUUGGUGUUGCUGUGGUGGUCGCUGGAGAUGAUGUCACGGAUGAAGCUCAUAUCGCGGGGGCAAAGAAGGCCUGCCACUGACGAAAGCCGACUCGGUACAGCUCGCGUCUGCUCCUCUUUCUGCUGUUGCUGUUGCUGGAAGACCUCGGGCAACGACGAGCUGGCGCUGGGGUGGCUGUGCCCGUGGCCGUAACCGUCAUUGCUGGCAGGACAGGGCGACUGCGGCUGAGGGUACGUGUCAUGAGGCAUCUGGGCAGCAGAGGGCUGCGACGCGUCUUCAUCUGCAGCCGCCUGCUCCUGCAGCUGUGACAGGGGCACGCGGACCGUCCUUCCAACGUCGAGAGUGGUUGGCCACUCCUGCGGGCCGGAUGAGAGAGGCUCCUCGUCUUCUGGUGCGCUUUGUCGGCACCACCGUGAGGCACGCCCGGGAUCAUGCACACGCGAAGCAAGUGGUGAAGGCGAAGGAGCGGGACGCGACGGCGCGGGGCAAGGAGGGCAGGGGGCCACGCCGGGAUGGGGAGGGGCUUGGGGCGGUGGGGUUAGGAUGGUGGGCAUGGCUGCCGAAUGCGACGCAGAACGACUGCAUGCAUCAAUCAGUCAAUCAACACAUAACACAUUUAUUGAGUUGUCCUUUCUUUUGCGUGUAUGCACUGAGUGCGUCGUGUGUCUCAUUUCCUCACCCAUGUCGCUGCUGCCUGCUGUCGCCAUCCAUGGCGACAUCGGAGCGACACAGAGGCACGCCCACUGCCCCGACCAGAUGCUGCGCAACAGGUGUUGUGGUCGAGGACGGUGUGGGUGUGGCCGUCUGCAGCGCCGCUCCUCUGCCAUGGCCGUCAUGCAGACGAGCAUCAGUGGCGGCCGGCAGAACCCUCCGCAGCCAGAUCUCGACGUACAGACCAUCGCUACAGACCACCCCCGGCGGCACGUCGAGGCGCCGCACCUCGCCCUCACGCAUGUCGGCGAGCUCCCUCUGGGCUAGGUCAUGCUCUACCUCAGACAGGAGCCUCGUCUGCUCCCGCUCCCCAGCGAUCAGCUGCCUCCGAACCUUCCCAUAGAAGCCAUCUGCCCAUGCCGUGCAGUCGAACAGGAUGCGGUCGUUGUGGGUUGGCUUCGGCCCCGUCCCCACCUUCGAUACCCGACUGGUGAUCGUCGCCGCUCCGCUCAGCCCACCCCUGCUGUUGUCAGCUGCCGUCGGCCGCUGCCCGCUGAACGAAUGGGUAGGGGAGGAGUGUACUCCGGCGGAGCGCAGAUUGGGAAGGGGAAGGAGCGAAGCUCCGUGGUGGACUGACGACGGGCUGAAAGUAGAUGGGAUGGCGGCGGAUGACGCGUGGGUGAGAGAGACGGGAAAGGGGAGCAGAGGAGGCAGACCUGUAGACGGCUCGCCUGUCGCACCAUGACGUCCAGCUGAUGACGUACACACAUGCACAGGGAAACCAUGUGUGCACUCCUGAAUGAAGGUGCUGCGUGUCAUGCAGUCGUACCCGAGCGUGCAGUGUUCAUCGUGCUGGCUUGACAAUGGCCACCAUCUAGCGGGACGUUGUCAUACUGCACACACACAACACAGAAAGUGCCUUGGGUUGUGGGGUGGAUGCGCGGGUACCCUGUGCAAGGCUCUGCGCCACAUCCCAAACUCGCGAUCAGACCUCCUGACCGACAUGCCAAGACGCGAACGUGGCAUACAUGCUUACACACAGGCGUGUGCAGGAAGGCCUUUCAGUGUUGUGUAUACUAACGUUUUGCUACAAGCUUUAUUGGCAUCUGGCGUCAUUGGGUCGGCAGCGGUGCGGUGCUCACUGCAGCCAAGGGACAACAGGCCAGAGAGAGAGAAGGUGCGGCUGUCCUUUCGGCGUGUGUGUGGGUGUGGGUGUGCGUGUGUGUGGAUGUGUAUCGAUGUGUGUUGCCAGGCGGACCGCUUGACUGUCCUCCGAUAGUUUUGGUAGCCCGGAGUGUUCUUGCCUGACCGACCACAAUACACACGUGCGUGGGUGAUGUUGUGGUGUUUCCCUCCCCGCCGCCACCAUCCCUACCGAUGAUGAUCUGCUUCUGUCUGUGUGAGAUGCGCUUUUGACGCGCGACUGACAGACAGACAGACAAACAGACAGACAGGCACGUAUCCAUCCAUCUAUCCAUCCAUCCAUCCAGCAGCCCUACCUUCCUCCGAGUCCCCAUCUUCACCCUCGGAGCCGCCCGGCUCGUCAUCGCUACGGGCCACUGCAAGGCACACAUAAAGACAUCCACACGAUGGACAGACUUUGAGUGGUGAGUGACAUACAUUGCUGGCUGCCAGCAAGUGCAGGUGUCGCUGUGGCUGUGAUUGCUGUCGUCGAAUGCUGGACGCCCGCCGUGAGAUCAGGCAAAGAGGGCGACGCGCAGGAGCACUCCCCUUCUGUGUCACGAUGGCGGCCGUCAUGCACACGAGCACUAGCGGCAGGUGGCCGAACCUCCCGCAGCCAGAUCGCCAUGAACUCUUUCCCCGGCAUGGGGCCACACCUCACCCCUCCCUCACGCAUUUUGCUGAUGUCCUCCUGGAGCCACUCAGGGUCAACAUUCCACAGAGGGCUCUCCACCCCACGGCACGUCGUCGUCUCACGUCGCCGUCGGGACCCCAUGUGAGAAUGUCGAAUUUGAUGCAGUCGUCGCGGUUCGGCUUGGGCCCGUCCCCCGGAUUCGUCCACGCAUACUCAUGACGCUGUCCACCUGAUGACACCCACAGACAUACAUACAGGGAAAGCAUGUGUGCGCUCCUGCAGGUGCUGCAUGUCAUGCAGUCGUACCCGAGCGUGCAGUGUUCCUCGCCGAUAGAUAUUGCUGGUACAUCUGCCACGUCGGAGAGGCAGGGGCAGUGGCAGCAGUGGCAGCGGGGGCAGCGGGAGGGGGAGGGGGUGGGGGAGGGCGCCAGGGCAAGUCAUGCGGCGUGACUGUGGGAUGCAUUUGCUGAAUAAUGGAGAGGGUCUCCUCGUGCUGGGAAGCCGCUGGCUGGCCUGAUUACACACACACGGACGACACCACGACGCACACACAUACCCAUGCAUCCAACAGCCCUACCUUCCUCCGAGUCCCCCUCUUGACCUUUGGAGCCGCCCGGCCCGUCAUCGCUACUCCCUACUGCAAGACACACAUACAACACAACGACAUCCACACGAUGGACAGACUUUGUGUGAUGAAUGAAAGACAUUGCUGGUUGCGAUAAGCGUCCGUCCCCGUACCGUGCUCGUUGUGUGCGGAGCCCGACAUGAUGUCGGUGGUGGCGUAAAAGGUCUCAGGCUGCCAUUCUCCUCAACGUGUUACAAGGCUGACCACACACACCAAACACACAAUCCGUGCUUUCGAUACAUGCAUGUGUUUUACUCGGGAAAUCCUGCCUCCUUGCGCCUCUCGAUGUGUCCUGGCUCGCCCUCAUGGAUGAAGCAAUGAUGAACCCACCCCUCUCUGCCUGCACCUACCUUCGCGGCCGGUUUUAAGGAUGGGAGCACGCGGGCUCCGCCAAAGCAGCCGGGGGCUCUGGGAAUCUGGGAAUCCGCCGUGGUCCGCUGUG